CUGGCUGUGGAUGCCCCUAUGCUGUCUGCUUGGUGGCCUGAAUGGGACAUUUGUGACAUGGAACUCCAGGCCCAAUAUCGUCCUGCUGAUGGCGGAUGACCUUGGUUUGGGUGACCUGGGCUGCUACGGUAAUAACACCGUGAGCACCCCUCACAUUGACCGUCUGGCAAACGAGGGCGUGAGGCUCACCCAACACCUGGCAGCAGCCUCCGUCUGUACCCCGAGCCGGGCGGCUUUUCUCACUGGCCGGUACCCCAUCCGAUCAGGAAUGGCUUCGUCCAAUGGCCUGAACCGUGGCCUCCCCUGGCUCGGUGGGUCCGGCGGGCUGCCCGCCAACGAGACCACCUUGGCCAAGCUGCUGCAGCAUCGGGGGUACCGCACGGGGCUCAUAGGGAAGUGGCAUCAGGGCUUGAGCUGCGCCUCCCGGGAUGACCACUGCCACCACCCCCUCAACCACGGCUUCGACUACUUCUACGGGAUGCCCUUCGGGCUGCUGAGCGACUGCCAGGCGUCCAAGGCCCCGGAGCUGCACCGCCAGGUGCGCCUCCGGCUGUGGAUCUCCACCUUGGUCCUCGGCCUGGUGCCCGUCCUGCUCCUGCUGCCCCACCUGGCCGGCUGGCUCUCGGUGCCGUGGAGCGUCAUCGUCCUGUCGGCCCUGGUGGCUCUCCUCUUCUUCGUCUCCUGGUACUCCAGCUACGGCUUCGUGCGGCGCUGGAACUGCAUCCUGAUGAGGAACCACGAGAUCGUGCAGCAGCCCAUGAGGGAGGAGCGGGUCUCCGUGCUGAUGCUGAAGGAAGCACUCGCCUUUAUUGACAGGUACAAGCGAGAACCUUUCCUCCUCUUCGUCUCCUUUCUUCAUGUGCACACUCCCCUCGUGACCAAGGAGAAGUUUGUGGGGCACAGUAAAUUCGGGCUCUACGGGGAUAACGUGGAAGAGAUGGACUGGAUGGUGGGUAAGAUCCUGGAGGCCCUGGAGGAGGAGCGGCUGAGCAACGGCACCCUGGUGCACUUCACCUCCGACAACGGCGGCCGCCUGGAGGCACUCGACGGGGAGGCCCGGCUGGGCGGCUGGAACGGCGUCUACAAAGGUGACAGCCCGGGGACACCGGCUCUGCCCUGGACACUGCCCGGGCUCUGCAGCUCGGAGGCACCUUCCCGUCAAUCACGCUGA